AUCUUAAAACAAAAACGAACCCUUUUCUCUCCUCCCUCCUCUUUCUCUCUCCUCACACCAUUAUCAAUAUCAUCGUUUCCAUCACUCUGCAACAACCACCAUUAUCUGGGGUCAGUUCUUCCCCAACCUUCAUUAAACCCGUCAAAAACCUCACUAAAUUACUCGAAUUAAGAGAGAGAAAGAGGAGGGAAGAACCCCCAAAGAUGAACAACACACUCCCACUUUCUUCACCCAUUUCCCCACUUCUCUCCUCAUCUUUUACCCACCCUAAUCACACCCUUCAUCCCAAAUUCAUCCGUAUACCAAUCACCUCCACCUUCAAACGACAUCGAUUUCGUGUCUCCAAGCUCCGUUGCUCUGCUGACGUAACACCCACAUCUUCAAGUACAAAUAAUGUAGACGCCGUUGAUGUAUUUGGGGGACAACGGGAGUUGUCGGGUAUCCAAUCGUUGGUUGAAAGUUUGUCACCUCCGGUGAGGAUAGCGAGUUCAGUGAUUUUGGUUGCCGCUGCUUCUGCUGCUGGGUUUGGUUUAGGGUCUCGAUUUGGGGGUUCCCGGAAUGUUGCGAUUGGUGCCGCCGUUGCCCUUGGAGCUGCCGGUGGGGCUGCCGCUUACGGUUUGAAUUCUUGUGUCCCUGAGGUUGCUGCUACAAGUUUGCAUAAUUAUGUUGCACAAUGUGAUGACCCACUUGCUUUGAACAAGGAUGAAAUUCUAGCCAUUGCUAAUAGGUAUGGUGUUAGCAAGCAAGAUGAAACUUUUAAUGCUGAGCUUUGUGACUUGUAUCUUAGAUUUGUUUCUUCAGUGCUUCCUGCCGGAAUGGAAGAUCUCAAGGGCACUGAAGUUGAAACUAUAAUCAAGUUCAAGAAUGCUCUUGGCAUCGAUGACCCUGAUGCUGCUAACAUGCAUAUUGAGCUUGCCAGGCGGUUUGUCAGACAAAGACUUGAAACUGGUGAUCGUGAGGGUGACAUUGAACAGCGUCGGGCAUUUCAGAAGCUAGUGUAUGUUUCAACUCUUGUUUUUGGGGAGGCCUCUGCGUUUCUUCUACCCUGGAAGCGUGUAUUUAAAGUGACUGAUUCCCAGGUCGAGGUUGCUGUUCGGGACAAUGCUCAAAGGUUGUAUGCUCAGAAUCUGAAAUCUAUUAGCAGAGAUUUAGAUCAGAAGAAGCUUGCUGAUCUGAGAGAAACUCAACUUUCAUAUCGUUUGUCUGAUGAGUUGGCUGCGGAUAUGUUUAAAGAUCAUACAAGAAAACUAGUAGAAGAAUGCUUAUCAAGAGCUGUUGACAUUCUGAAGUCCCGGAAUAGAUCAGGGGGAACUAUUGAGAUGAUGAAUGAGCUGAAUAAAGCACUCGCCUUUAAUGAUCAGCUCCUCUCGUUAGCAAAACAUCCAGAUGUUGAUAAAUUGGCCCGUGGAAUAGGGCCGGUUUCCUUAGUAGAUGGCGAAUUUGACACUGACAGGAGGAUUGACGACUUAAAGCUCCUCUACAGAGCAUAUAUCACAGAUUCUUUAUCUAGUGGCCGCAUGGAAGACAGCAAGCUUGUUGCACUGAACCAGUUAAAGAACAUGUUUGGUCUUGGAAAACGUGAGGCAGAAGGUAUUAAGAUGGAUGUUACGUCGAAGGUGUAUAGCAAGCUACUGUCUCAGGCGUUUUCUAAUGGUGAACUGGAAGCAGCAGAAAGCAAAGCAAAUUACCUUCAGAAUUUAUGUGAUCAGCUGCAGUUCGACCCUGAGAAGGCGGGUGAGAUCCAUGCAGAAAUAUAUCGACAGAAGCUACAGCGAUGUUUAGCUGAUGGACAAUUGAGUGAGGAGGACGUCAAAGCUUUGCUACGUGUACGGGUCAUGCUGUGUGUUCCACAAAAGAUUGUUGAAGCAGCUCAUGCCGAUAUUUGCGGCAGUUUGUUCGAGAAGGUUGUGAAGGAUGCAAUUGCUUCUGGUGUUGAUGGAUAUGAUGCAGAUGUAAAAGAAAAUGUGAGGAAAGCAGCACAUGGUUUGCGCUUGACUAGGGAAGCUGCAAUGUCAAUUGCUAGUAAGGCGGUCCGCAGAAUAUUCAUUAACUAUAUUAAACAAGCAAGGGCAGCUGGGAGUCGCACUGAAUCAGCAAAAGUUCUUAAGAAGAUGAUCGCAUUCAACACCUUGGUGGUCACUGAGUUAGUGGCUGAUAUCAAAGGGGAAUCAACUACUGAUGCUCCAACAGAAGAACCUACUAAAGAAGAGGAAGAGGAGGAGCAGAUGGAAGAUGAAGAAGAAUGGGAGUCCCUCCAAACACUUAGAAAAUCAAGACCUACUAAAGAACUUGAGGCCAAAAUUGGGAAACCAGGGCAGACAGAUAUUACUGUUGCAGACGACCUUCCAGAAAGGGAGAGGGCUGAUCUUUACAAGACAUACCUGUUAUACUGCAUUACAGGCGAAGUAACUAAGAUUCCGUUUGGUGCACAAAUCACCACAAAGAAGGACAACACAGAAUAUCUUUAUCUGAAUCAGCUUGGUGAUAUUCUUGGUCUAUCACGUAAGGAGAUUGUGGAAGUUCAUAGAGGUAUGGCUGAGCAAGCGUUUAGACAGCAAGCAGAGGUCAUUUUGGCAGAUGGACAGUUGACUAAAGCCAGGAUGGAGCAACUAGAUGAGGUGCAGAAGCAAGUUGGUUUGCCAGCAGAGUAUGCUCAAAAGGUUAGAGAGAACAUUAUAAAUUCAAAGAUGGCAGCUGCAAUUGAAACAGCUAUUGGCCAGGGUAGGCUCAGCAUAAAACAAAUUAGGGAACUCAAGGAAGCUGGUGUAAAUAUUGACAACAUGAUAGCAGUGAGCUUAAGGGAGAAUCUCUUCAAGAAGACUGUUGAUGAAAUUUUUUCUUCUGGUACUGGAGAUUUUGAUGACGAGGAAGUCUACCAAAAGAUUCCUGCUGACUUGAAAAUCAACCCCGAGAAGGCCAAAGGAGUUGUUCAUGAACUAGCUCGUAGUAGAUUAGCUAACUCAUUGGUUCAAGGAGUGGCUUUAUUAAGGCAGAGGAACCGCGCCGGGGUGGUCUCUACGCUGAACGAUCUGCUAGCUUGUGACAAGGCUGUGACUGCAGAGCCCUUAUCAUGGGAAGUUCCGGAGGAACUAGCAGAUCUUUUUGCCAUUUACUCCAGGAGUGACGCAGCACCUGAGAAGAUCUCACGUCUACAAUAUCUGCUAGGAAUUAGUGACACCGCAGCAGUUUCUCUAACAGAGAUGGAAGACAGACUACCCGGUAAUAGUGCUGAAGCUGAGGAGUUUGUCUUUUAGAGAGGAAAAAAAGGUUGCGUUAUAGUUUAGUGCAGAGGAUUCUCUAAUAGUGAGUACUCAUAUAGGUUUAUCAACAAGAUAGUGUGAUUUUGCUGGUUUUGUGAUUCUACUACGGCAAAUAUUUCAAAUGAGAUAGAUAUUUGAGUUUGUAUUUCUUUUUCUUUCUUUUCUUUUCUUUUCUCCGCUCCUGGCGGUGGGGGAAUUUUGAGGCGUCUCUUGUAUUAUUUGUAUGGUAAAUAAUUUGGAUGGGCACUCCCAUGGUUAAUGAGAAAUUUCUGUCUUUGAUUA